AUGACAAGAGCGUACGACAAUUGGGGGAGACUAGUCGGAGCCACAUUGAAGAGAGAGGAGCUCCGGCGGGUCGCUCGAGAAGACUCGCUAUCCAGCUCCUUCGCCUCGGAUUUUGAUUUAAGCUUCCGUUUGAAUGAAUCGGCUCUGAACUUUCAGGAUAUGGGAAUGUCAUUUAUGGAGAAGGAAAUUAUUGAGGCCACUGGUAAUUUCAGCAAAAAAAACCUAAUCGAGCACAAUGUUUCUGGUUUUUUAUUUAGAGGGAUUUUAAACUUUCGGGAAGUGAAAAAGUCAGGGCAUGGUUCAAUCCCUGUUGUCAUCAAAAUAAUUGAUUUGCGCUUAGUCAAUGAGGAAGCUUACAAGUCCGAGUUGGAGGGUAUCAGCAAAUUAUCUCUUUCCAAACCUGGUCCUCUUUUGGGACAUUGCUGGGAAAAUGAGACUGUGAAAUUCAUAGUGUACAGUUUAUCGUUGCUGGAUUGGAACGAGAGAAUGAAAAUUGCAAUUCGAGUUGCAAAGGGUUUGGAAUAUCUACAUCAUUGUAAUCCACCACUUGUUCACGGGUAA